GUAAGCUAAAUUUGCUCUAAAUGUUGAAAAAAUCGCCGUUUUACGAUGCCGAUUACCGCGUAGCCCGCCAUAAAAGUGGGUCAUGUUUGGUGUCUUUGAAAAGCCUACGUUCAGCUCUGCAAGUCCAUUUCAAUGACUCAUUCAUCUAAAAAUAACCUUAGCCUUGAAACUAGUUCAAACUAGACCACUACACGUGUCUCUAUUCAAAUCCGAUUGGAUCAUGAUGUAUAUUUAUGGAAUAAACGAUUUUGAUUGGUUCCUUUUGGCCAUGUGGUUCCGAUGUUUACAGCAACAAUGAUGGCGUCCGUGAAUCGAUAGAAGACCCUUUUGGAUAUUGUAUGCUAUCUUUGCCAUUAUUAUUUAUGUCUCAGGUUCUCCUGAGUACAAUUAGAAGUAAUGAUCUACCUAAUCUGUUACAAGGAUAUAGAAAUAGAUCUACACACAUUGGGAAUUGUAGAAAAAGUCUACAUCAUGAGCUACACGUUGACCAUCUGCUUGCUAAUAGCCUUAUAUAGGAGCGUGGAUUCAAUAGACAAACGGCAAAGUACUCGACUGGAGACAAAGUGCAGGAAAAAUAAAGAUUAUACGUAUCUACGCUACAGAAAUACGGAAGAGUGUUGGAAAUGGGGGGAAAAUUAUCUAAACUAUACGAACGCCAUUAGAUACUGUCAAGAAGAAGGUGCACUACUAGGCACAAUUAAAACUGAGAAUGAAAGAACAUUAAUUUGGCGAUUCUUUAAGAAUAGAAUUUUAUGGAACGGACUUGAUAAAAUAAAUAAACCCACAUUUACUUGGAUUGACGAUAACAAACCAGAAAAAAACUUUUCGUAUUAUUUUCCAGAUUAUUUCUCUAGUAUGUUGGCCGAUUUAGUGGGGUGAGAGAAUCAAUCCCCACACACACACACCAUAAACGGCUCGUGAAGUAAUCAUGUACGUAGUUAAGAAUGAUAAAAUUGCAAACACAUUUUUAUUUUCUAAUACAAACUCUUAAUUUUCACUUAUCCAUAUUCCAACCCAAACUGGGCACUGUGAAAUCCGUUUCACAUAGGGCCCUGCAAUGGUGAAGUCCGGCCCUGCUUUUUCAUGACGCCCUUUUUUUCCGCUCAAAAGCUACGUAGGGUAACUAUGGUUAAACUUGUAGAAGUAAAAGAGUUAUCUUUCCAUGACAUU